UCAAGACUGCUCAAGGCUGCAUUGAAGUCGAAAGGGCCAUGACGAGCUUAGAUCAGAGACUGCCUGCCUUAUCUUUAGUCGAAAUCCUGGCCUGCUUGCCAGUGGCCUCGCAACCGCGGAUGAAGUCCACCUCCCGAGUUUUUAAAGACAUCAUGGAGUCCGAGCGCUGUGUUCAGACCAGGCGUUCUCAUCCCAUUGAGGUGGUGGUUGUGAAACCAAAAACUGGGAAGGGCUUGGCUAAGGUGGCCAGCCGUUUGGUGGAUGCUUUUAUGAAAUCGGAUUCUGAAUCGACAUUGCCGUUGGUCGAGUCCAUUCGAGUUGAAUGGGAGAAGGCUGAGUUCUACAAAUUCCUCCAGCUGCGCGUGGGUGGAGAGCAGGCCCCGCCGCGCCCGUUCGAGCAAGAUCUUUACAUCAAUGGUUUGGAUCCCAAAGGGGCAGGGCGUUUGCGCAAAGCUUGGUGGGCAUCGGUGCGCAGUGUUCUGGAUGGUUUGCCGAUCCCACUAUCCGCACGGGUCUUGUUGUUGGGAGAGCGGCGUCUAGGAGGAAGAAGCUCAUAUUCUUGGGCCAUGGCGCUGGUCUGGACCGGACAAGACUAUGGUGUCCUCAAAUGCCACCUGGAUGCCGCCUAUUUGGAUUGCACCAUGAUCUGUAGUGGUGGCAUCAAAGAGCAGUAUGUAAAGGCGGCAUUGGGGGUGUUGCUCCGAAAAUCUCACAGGAUGAAGACUUUCAACGAGUUUGCCGAAGCAUUUGAGAGUGCCCUAAAUGACAUGAUGGAACACAAGAAGUGGGAGGAGGAUUGGAGCUACCCGCCCAUGGGCGAAGGUGAUGACGAUGAGGAUGAUCUUGACACCUUCUACGAAGAGGAAACCAUGGAGAGUUAUUUCCAGGCAUUUGAGAAGCCAGAUUUGGGCACAUGGUGCUUUGGGAAGUGACCCACUUCCGAAUGAACCCUUGCAAUUCCAGUAGUUUAGGACCGUUGCUGCUCCAGCAACUGCAGUGGGAUGCCUUCAAAGAUGAGGUUCCUGGGGGGAAAGGGCCAAGGACAUUUCACUGCCGCACAGUUUAAAAAA